CUCCAGGCGUCUCCUUCAGCUCCUUGCUGCCUCUUUUUGUGGUAUUUUUGAGUCCAAGAAGGCGCCUCUCGUCGCGCUCCUUUCACCUCAAACCAAGAAUAUCCUGGAGUUCAAGAAGACCCUUUCCAAGUCCUGAGAUCUCAGGAUGGCAGAUGAAAGUGCUUAUCUCUUGGGAUUAGGAGAUCAAGUAUUUCCAAUGGACCACUACCCCAUGGGGAUGAAUCCACUGUUCAAUAAUUCAAGCAUGAUUACAUCUGAUAUAUCACUUCGCACGGCUGAUGGGCCGUACCUUCAAAUUGUUGAGCAGCCUAAGCAGAGGGGGUUUCGCUUCCGCUACGUUUGUGAAGGACCAUCACAUGGUGGACUUCCUGGAGCUUCAAGUGAAAAGAAUAAGAAAUCAUAUCCACAGGUUAAAAUCUGCAAUUACGCUGGGCCAGCAAAAGUUAUUGUACAGUUAGUCACAAAUGGAAAACACGUCCACCUUCAUGCUCACAGCUUGGUGGGAAAACACUGUGAACAAGGCGUAUGCACUGUAAAUGCAGGACCAAAAGACAUGGUUGUGGGGUUUCCAAAUCUUGGAAUACUACAUGUUACAAAGAAGAGAGUCUUAGAUACAUUGGAAACGCGCAUGAUAGAUGCCUGUAAAAGGGGAUAUAAUCCCGGACUCCUAGUACACCCUGAUCUAAACUAUAUACAAGCAGAAAGUGGAGGGGAGAGGCAGCUAACAGAACGAGAACGGGAAAUUAUUCAUCAGGCAGCACUUCAUCAGACAAAAGAAAUGGACCUUAGUGUUGUGCGGCUUAUGUUCACAGCAUUCCUUCCUGACAGCACUGGCAGUUUUACAAGAAGACUUCAACCUGUCCUAUCUGAUCCUAUAUACGAUAGCAAAGCCCCUAAUGCAUCCAACUUAAAAAUUGUCCGGAUGGAUCGCACAGCAGGCUGUGUGACAGGUGGAGAAGAAAUUUACCUUCUUUGUGACAAAGUUCAGAAAGAUGAUAUUCAGAUCCGCUUUUAUGAAGAAGAUGAAAACGGUGGUGUCUGGGAAGGGUUUGGAGACUUUUCACCUACCGAUGUACAUAGACAGUUUGCCAUUGUAUUCAAAACACCAAAAUAUAGAGAUGUCAAUAUUACAAAACCAGCAUCUGUUUUUGUCCAACUACGGCGCAAAUCGGAUCUGGAGACAAGUGAACCAAAGCCUUUCCUAUACUACCCUGAAAUCAAAGAUAAAGAAGAAGUGCAAAGAAAACGACAGAAACUCAUGCCUAACUUCUCUGAUAGUUAUGGCGGAAGUGGGGCUGGAGCUGGAGGAGGCGGAAUGUAUGGAGGAGGAGGAGGUGGUGGAGGAGGAGGAGUUGGAGGAGGUGCUGGAUCAGGAUAUGGGUAUUCACCAUAUGGCUUUUCUGGCUAUGGAGCAAUGCACUUUCAUUCCAGCACAAACAAGACUGGGGCAGGGAUGAAGCAUGGUUUCUCAAAUGAUAUGCCUAAAAAAGAUCCUGGAGGUUGCUGCAACAAAAAACAUAGUGUAAAAUUCAAAGAGAAAUCUGGGGUUGAAGAGGAGAGCAAACCUAGUGUUGACACAGUUCCUGACGCAGAAGGAACUACUUCAUCAUGUGCUUCUACAGCAGACAUUUAUCUUCAAGAUGCUUUGUUUUUGGAGAAGGCCAUGGAGCUUGCUAAGUACCAUGCCAAUGCCCUUUUUGAUUACGCCAUCACAGGGGAUGUGAAGAGGCUCCUGGCUGUGCAGCGCCACCUGACUACUGCCCAGGAUGAAAAUGGUGACAAUGUCCUUCACCUAUCAAUUAUUCAUCUUCAAGCAGAACUGAUGAGGAAUCUCCUAGAAGUAAUAGCAGAUCUAAAUUCUGCUGAUGUUCUCGAUGUGAGAAAUGACCUUUACCAGACCCCUUUACACUUGGCUGUGAUCACAAAGCAGGCUGGAGCAGUGAGAGACCUGCUGGGCACUGGGGCGGAUGUGAGCCUCUUGGAUCGCCAUGGCAACUCUGUCUUGCAUCUGGCUGUCAAUCAAGGGGAUGAGAAAGUGCUAAACAUCCUGCUGAGCCACAAAGAGGCCUCUCAGAUGAAAGACCUUCCUAAUGGGGAAGGCCUGGCAGCCAUCCACUUAGCUGUGAUGGCAAACAGUGUGUCUUGCCUUAGACGACUCUUUGCCGCUGGCGUGGAUGUCAAUGCCCAGGAACAGAAGUCUGGGAAAACUGCUUUGCAUCUGGCUGUCGAACAAGGAAGUAUCUCUUUAGCAGGUUGCCUUCUGCUUGAGGGAGAGGCAUUUGUAGACAGCACGACAUAUGAUGGGACGACUCCGCUCCACAUAGCAGCUGGAAGGGGGUCUACAAAAUUAACAGCUCUUCUCAAAGCAGCAGGUGCAGAUCCCCACAUUGAGAACUUUGAACCACUGUUUGAACAAGAUGAUGUGAAAGACAACGAAGGGGAAGAUGAAGGGAUUGUACCUGGAACGACACCUUUAGACAUGGCAACUAGUUGGGAGGUAUAUGACAUCUUGAAUGGCAAAUCCUCUAAGACAAAGGUGGCUUCUGAUGACCUGUUGACUCCAGGAAACAUGAAAGAGCUGAGUGAUGAUGUUAAAUCGCAGCUUUACAAGUUACUUGAGGUACCUGAUCUGAACAAGAAUUGGUCCAUGUUAGCACAAAAACUGGGCCUAGGGAUACUAAACAAUGCCUUCCGGCUGAGUCCUUCUCCUUCAAAAACUCUCCUGGAUAAUUAUGAGGUUUCUGGUGGAACAGUAAAAGAGCUUGUUGAUGCUUUGAGAGAAAUGGAUUAUCCAGAGGCUGUUGAAAUUAUUCAGAAAUCCUUGACUGUUUCAUUGAGCCAUUCCAGCCAAGAGGAUACAAAAGAUGCCAGACCUUCACUGAGUGAAUCACCUUCCUCUCCCUUGAAAUCUCAAUCAGGUGAACUCUCUCAUCUCAAACUUCAGGACACAGAAAGCAUCUGUGACAGCGGCGUAGAGAUCUCCCUCCGCAAACUGAGCUUUACAUGUUCGGAUUCUUUCACCAGCAAGUCACCAGUAACGCUUAAGAAACUGUCCACAGGAUAUGGACCAGAUAAUGUGCUGCAAAGCAAAAUCGAGGCCACCUAAGAGGCUAUGACAAGUUCUUGGUAAAGAACAGGAGUUUAUGAUCCAAACCAAGUGUGCACUAGAAGAGCUCUUUGAAGAGCACAUCCACGGGACCAUUCAGUCAUUACUAGGUGGAUCCCAAUAAAGAGGAAAGAUUCAAGAAUUGAUCAAAUUAACGUUGCCUUAAGAUAAAGAGCUUAUGAAAAAGCAAUUAACUACUUUCAUGAUAUUCAGUGAAAGUUUAGACAUUGACUGUGGGACAAAGCUGUGAAGCAUAAUAACCAAAUUAGAAACAGUGACCAAGAUAAAUACUUCAGCCACAAACAAUAAUGUAUAUUUCAGUAACUGUAUUUAAAACUGGAGGCUAUAAAGUAAUUCAGCUUUCAGAGUGUGUCCUCAUACUUUUACCACAUUUGCACUGUAAAUAUUUCAGUUUUGAUAAAUUGCUCUGGUGAAAAAAAGUGCCUUUUCAAUGCUUGCUUUUUUAUUUUACUUUUAUAAUAAAAUACAAAAUGAAGACGA